UGCUCUUGAACGCAGCUCGUCAGUACAGCACAGAGAAACACGAACAGCGGAAACUGGGACGUAGUUAGCGACACUAAAACCUGAACAAGCAGCUUCAUUGGUACUUAAUUUACGAAUAUAGGAGCAAACCAGUUCAUCCUGGUUGACCUGACAGGCAGAGUCAUGAGUCAUGAGCUGAGUAUGCAGGAGGAGAUGGUGGAGAAGUUUUUGGACGCAGCAGCCAGAGGAGAUCUGACCAUGGUGUCCACACUGUUGUCCCAAGUCCCCUCAUUCAUCAAUCACAAAGGAUACAGGGGCUGGACACCACUGAUGCUGGCUGCUCGCAAUGGACACUUUCAUUUGGUGGAGAAGCUGCUGUCACAUGGCUGUGAUAGGUUUUUGGUCAACAGUUCGUCACCGGCCUCUGAUAUUGCUAAGUUCUGGGGCCACAAACACAUCUCCAACUUGCUCAGCCAGACAGAUGUCAGUUGCCAGCGACUACUGCAAGGCUCCGACUUUGACCAGCAGGAAAACUACUUUAGCAGAGAAACGUUGGACCGGAUGAGCGCAAAGAGGACCGACAAGGUGUGGCUGGACGCCAAACAGAGCCACCCAGACACCAUCUACCUGCUGUUCUCCAAUCUCAGCCCCAUGGUCAGCAGCCCACAGGACGGCAAUGAUGGGGGUGAGACCAAGCUGUGUCAGUUCAAAUAUGAGGUCGUCAAAGAUCUGCUCCAGAAACCUGCAACUGUGCUCGUCUUUUUAGGAGUAGAGAAAAGGAAGAAUUGUUCUUCCUCCUUUUCCUCCUCUCAGACAAAAGGGGGUGUUCAGGAUCCUGCAGCUUGGUUUGCCAUCUGCACAGAUGAAGAUGAAGCUGAACUUCUUAAACGCUGCAAACAGAAGAACUGCUCCUUCCCAAAAAUGCCCAACCGAGACCUCCUGAAACUCACUGAGGAAGAAGCUGGAGUGGUGGCUCAGGCUCGAUCAGUGUUGGGUUGGCACAGCCGCUACAGUUUCUGUCCCACAUGUGGCAGCAGCACCAAGCUGGAGGAGGGAGGAUACAAGAGGAGUUGUCUGAACUUAGACUGCAGGAGCCUGCGGGGGGUUCACAACACCUGUUAUCCACGAGUUGACCCAGUGGUCAUCAUGCUGGUGAUCCACCCUGAUGGAAACCAGUGUUUAUUAGGAAGGAAGAAGGUCUUCCCUUCUGGCAUGUUCUCCUGUCUGGCUGGAUUCAUAGAGCCUGGGGAGACGAUCGAGGACGCAGUGAGGAGGGAGGUGGAGGAGGAGAGUGGUGUGAAGAUCGGACCGGUACAGUACGUCUCCUGUCAACCUUGGCCGAUGCCCUCCAACCUCAUGAUUGGCUGCCUGGCUUUGGCCAUAUCCACUGACAUCAGAGUAGAUGAAAAUGAGAUAGAGGAGGCUCGUUGGUUCACAAGGCAACAGGUGAUCGACUCUUUGUUCAGAGGAGAGUCUCCAGCAUUCACAGCUCCCCCGAGACAGACCAUCGCCCACCAGCUCAUCAAACACUGGAUUGGCAUGAACUCUAACCUCUAAGCUAAAGUGGACCUCCAGAUUUUAAGAGUUCAAAGGCCAGAAAGAACGAAUGGACAUGGACAAAAAUACAGAAAGCUACAGAAGAAUUUUCAAACAGCAGUGUCCUAUCACACAUAUUUUAUGAUCCAGGAAAACAAUGAAGUAGAAAUCUGAACAUUACAUGUCAUUGAGCAGACACUUUUAUCCAAAGCGACUUACCAUGGA